UUACAUUUAACAUUUAUUUUAUAGUUUUAUCAAAAUAUUAUGUCUAGUUUAAUUAAAAAAGAACGGAAAUGUUAUUUGUCUGUUCCUAUUAUGAAAGCAGCUAUGCUGAAUGAUGUAAAUAAUAUCAGACGUAUUAUUACUGAAGAUGGAAAUGCAGUAAACUAUUGCCAUAUAAGUUCUGGUGAUACUCCAUUAAUUGUAGCAGCGAGACACAAAAGCUUUGAAGUUCUUAAAGAGUUACUUAACUUUGGAGCUAAAAUAGAGUGUUGUAAUAUUGAUGGAAAACGCUCUUUACAUGAAGCAGCAUAUAAUGGUUGCUUGCUCUGUGUAGAGUUUUUGCUAAAUCAAGGUGCUCAAGUUGAUCCAUUAAAACGAGCUGAUUGGACCCCACUAAUGUUGGCUUGUACAAAAGGAAAUCUGGAUAUUGUUAAGUUGUUAGUAAAUGCUGGUGCUAAUGUUCAAAGAAAAAAUAAAGAUGGAUGGACUUCCUUUCAUAUCUCCUGUAGAGAGGGUUUUAUAGAUAUUAUGGAAUAUUUAGUUUUAAUUGACAAUACAUUAUGUUUUACAGUGAGUAAUAACAAACGUACUCCUCUUCACACCUCAUCUAUGCAUGGAAAAAUUGAGGCAGUAAAGUUUUUAUUAGAGAAAGGAUGUAAUCCAGAUGUAAGAGAUUCUUGUGGUAGCAGUCCUUUAAUGGAUGCAUUGCGAUUUGGUUUUGUUUCUGUUGCAGAAGUUUUAAUUAAAACAAAUUUAGUUUUACUUGAUCAAGUUGACAAUCUGGGAAGAUAUCCACUUCAUAUUGCAGCAGAAAGUGGCCAAGUUGAUUCUGUAAAAUAUCUUGUAGAAAAAUGUAAUGCUGACAUUAAUCUCAAAACAAAGAUUUCAGGGUACACAAUUUUUCAUUUAAUAGCCAAAGAAGGUCAUUUGGAACUACUUAAUUAUCUAGUGAAUGAUCAAUCAGUAAAUCGAUGUUUUAAAUAUUUACUUAAUGAACCAGAUGCUAAUCUGAGAACACCUUUGCAUCUUUCAGUUGCAUCAAACAAAGUUAGGUUUGCAAAAAUGCUUAUUGAGUUAAAAUGUGAUCAAACUUUAAAGGAUAAAUUUGACAAAUUGGCAGUUAACUAUGCUCUUAGUCAGGAAAUGAGGGAUGUUGUACAAAUUGAAUUACAUGCCUUAUAGUUAAUAAAUAAUGUAUAUUGAA